AUGGAGUUUACUUAUCAAGCGAUGAUCCACGAUAUUCAGAUCGCUUGGAAGGGUGAAGGAUUAACGUCUCAACCGACCACCGGCUCCUUGACCAUACAGAGUUACAUUUCUCAGAUUCAUACACAAGAGCGUCCAGACACAGAUAACGAUAAAUCUAGAGACCUGGACAGAGAAUAUCCUUCGGAAAGGCUGGAGAACCUGGCCUUAGAAACCUUAUACCGAGUAGACAAUAGUGGUCACACUUUGCGGUACGGUAUCCGUGACCGCCUCUUCAUGGAGCAUUGGGAGAUAAUGCUAGAUCCAGGCUUGGCGACAUCUGAGCUCAAGGCGGAGAAGUUUGAUACCGUGGUACUGUAUGCUUAUAAAGACCAUGACAUCGAUUGGGGUCACAGAUAUGACGAAAAAAAGACUCUACCGACUUGGCAUAUCGUCCAUUUGGUGCUGAAGCGUGUCGACGACCGCAAUGGCGUAUACAAACGCAUUGGCCUAUUGCACCGGCAACCCGACUUCAAGAGAAGCAAAGAGGAAAUCAUGAGUCAUCUUGGAGAGGAAAGGGAGAUCACGCUCAUUUAG